AUGUACGACCUGGACCUGCGUGACAACAGCCUGCGCUCCAUCGAGGAGAUCCUCAGCUUCCAGCACCUGCACAAGCUGACGACGCUCAAGCUGUGGCACAACCACAUCGCCACCAUCCCGGAGCACAUCAAGCGCCUAGGCCACCUCGAGCGCCUCUACCUGACGCGCAACCGCAUCAGCGUGCUCCCCUCGCACCUCUUCCUCUGCAACAAGCUCCGCCACCUCGACCUGGCGCACAACGAGAUCCGCUUCGUGCCGCCCGAGGUGGGCGUCCUGCAGAGCCUGCUCUUCCUGUCGCUCGCCGGCAACAAGGUGGAGUCCCUGCCGGAGGAGCUGUUCUUCUGCCGCAAGCUCAAGACGCUGAGGCUGGGCGGCAACGCGCUGACGGCGCUGUCGCCCAAGGUGGCGUCGCUGGUGGCGCUCGCGACCCUUGAGCUGCGGGGCAACCCGCUGGAGGCGUUGCCCGCCGAGCUGCGGGAGUGCACGUCGCUGCGGCGGGCGGGCCUGGUGGUGGAGCAGGAGUUGUACGACGCGCUGCCCGCCGACGUGCGCGAGAGGCUGGAGCGGCCCGAGUGAGCGCGGUGGAGAGAGGGGUGGGUGGAGGGUUGGGUGGAUGAGUGGAGGGGUGGGUGGGUGGGUGGAGGGGUGGGUGAAGAGAGUCGAAGGCUGAGGGACGUGGGGGCGAGAUGGAGAGACAGGGUGGGGAGAGCUACGGGGUGGGGAGAGACGGAGAGAGAUGGGAGAGAGACGGGGAGACGGGGUGGGGAGAGGGGAGAGACGGGUGGGGAGAGCGAUGGAGAGGGGGGAGAGAGACGGGGAGAGAUGGAGGGAUGGGAGAGAGACAGAGACACAAGGGAGACAGUAGAGAGAGAGACACAGACGGAAAGGAGGGGGAGAGACGGAGGGAGAUGGGAGAGAGACGGGGAGAGAUGGAGGGAUGGGAGAGAGACGGGGGAGACAGAAGAGAGAGAGAGACAGAGUGGGGAGAGACGGGGUGGGGACAGACUGAGAGAGAUGGGAGAGAGACGGAGGGAUGGGAGAGAGACAGAGACACAAGGGAGACACUAGAGAGAGAAACAGACGGAGAGGGGGGAGAGAGACGGGGAGAGACGGGGAGAGAGACGGGGAGAGACGGAGGGAUCGAGAAAUGAUGAACGAAGCAAAGUGCCGAAUACACCGGGCAUCUUCUUGUUUCCACUGAUCGUAAAUAAAAAAUAAAAAAGAGAGAGAUGGGGGAGAGAGACAGCAGAGAGGGAGAUAGCGAACGAGCGAGUGAUCGAGCGAGCGAUUGGUCAGCCAUCGGUCGGGGGAGUGGGAGGGGAGAUGGGGGUUAAGAGAUAAAAGGUCAAGGGGUCAUCGAGGUUCAGGGGGUCGAUGAUGCCUGCGACCGCUGAUGACCUCUGGCUGUUACUUGCGUCGCCGCUCCUUUCAUCGCCUUAGCAAGAUAGUUCACCCAGCGGUGAGCGACGGAAAAAGGUCGUUGUGGAAAGCGGGUCUCUAUGAAAGUCAACUGAACUCUAUGAGAGGGUUAAUGUAGAGGUCUCUAUGAAAGUCAAAUGAACUUUAUGAGAGGAUUAAUGGAGGGGUCUCUAUGAAAGUCAAAUGAACUUUAUGAGAGGGUUAAUGUAGAGGUCUCUAUGAAAGUCAAAUGAACUCUAUGAGAGGGUUAAUGUAGGUCUCGCUUUGGCUCACCAAUCUCAAUGAAUGUCACCAGACCCCCCUCCCCCGCUCACCGCCUUGCACCUACAAACGCCCUCCGUCCGCUAGGAUCUGAAUAAUUUUUUUAAAGUUCCUUUUUUUAAACUUAUUUUUUAUACACGCACGCACGCACGCACGUACGCAAGUACGUAUCGAUUUUGUUUGCUAUUAUCGUUAUGGUCGUAGCUUUUUUUAAAUGGACGUUUGUAUUCGAAUGCGAUUUGACGAGAGGUCACUAUCUUUCGGUAAAGUCACGUAGAAGGGAAAUAAUAAAAUAAUAAAAAUAAAACAUAAUAAAUAAUAAAAUUAUUCUCGAUUUAAAGCUUUCGUGACUGCAGGGAUUCAUCUUCUUGGUUCUUUCGGUAAAGUCACCACGUAGAAGGGAAGUAAUAAAAUAAUAAAAAUAAAACAUAAUAAAAUAAAACCCCCGCCCACCUCCUACGCAUUUCACAAGUAGUGACUAAUCCCAUAUCUGCAUUUCCCAUAAAUAUGCUAAAUUCCUCUUGAUAUGCAAAUUAUUUUGUCAAGGCGCUCUUCCCCCCUUCCAACCCAGCAGCUUAAAUAUACGCUCCAAGCGUGUUGGUGUUUCAUUCAGAUGCUGUCUCCCCGACAGACCUGGUCUUCACCUGAUGACGGCUGCUUGCGUUGUGGCCGAAACGUCGCGAGAAUUAUUUUAUUAUGUUUUAUUUUUAUUAUUUUUAUUAUUUUAUUACUUCCCUUCUACGUGACGACUUUACCGAAAGAACCAAGAAGAUGAAUCCCUGCAGUCACGAAAGCUUUACAUCGAGACGUCCUUGGCGGGCACGCCGAUGCCGAUGCCGACCGCCGGCGAUUCUCUCGUAGCACCGCCAGCGUGGGCGCGUAUUGGGCCUACUCUUCCGAGUUGGCCGUCACCACCCGCAACUUUAAACCGCCCUGUAGCUCUGUAGCUCUGUUUGAAGAAGCGACGUCGCAAAUGAUCGCAGCUCAAUCAAGUGACUUAUUUCCAUUUAAAGCUUUCGUGACUGCAGGGAUUCAUCUUCUUGGUUCUUUCGGUAAAGUCACGUAGAAGGGAAAUAAUAAAAUAAUAAAAAUAAAACACAAUAAAAUAAUUCUCACGACGUUUCGGCCACAACGCAAGCAGCCGUCCUCAGGUGAAGAACAGGUCCGUCGAGAAGACAGAGUCUGAAUGACACACCCCAGGCUUGGAGAUUACCUUAGAGUCGCGGCAUCUCUUCAGAAAGGUGAGAGACUCGAUUAGCUGAGCGUUCUUAUCACGGAGCUUGUUGAAGGUUCUUAAAGUUUUGUGGAAUCCCACUCCGUAGUGGCGGUUAAAUUUCGAUUUAAAGCUUUCGUGACUGCAGGGAUUCAUCUUCUUGGUUCUUUCGGUAAAGUCACGUAG